UGAUGGUGACUGAUGAUGCUCUUCUCAACUCUCUCCAGCUCUACAACCAAAGACACGUCCCCUCUGCCCCAGCUGGACGUCAGCAGCCUGUCCACCCCUCGCAAGCUGAUGGACUCCUCCCAGUUCAGCACCCCAGGGACCACCAGCAUGCGUGAGCUGCAGGCGCACCACGAGGCCCGCGAGGACCCUGACGUGCACCCGGAGGAGAACACCCAAGAGUUCAUGGGCGUCCUCAUCAAAGGCCUGGCCAAGCUCAAGAAGAUCCCUGAGGCUGUCAAGGCCAUCAUGGAGCGCCUGGAGCCUGAGCUGAAGCAGAUACUGAAGAGAUCCACUACCCAGAUAGCUGAUCACGCCUACCAGAGAGGAGAGAACCUAUCCACAGAGAGCCAGCCCAGGCUGCUGCUGGAACUGCUGGAGCUGCUGUUUGACAAGUUCAACGCGGUGGCUGCGGCCCACAGUGUGGUGCUGGCCCAUCUGCAGCAGAUCGUGGUGUCCCCCAACGGAGCCCAGGAGGGCAUCAAGCUCUAUGAGCUAGCCGACGUCUCUGCUAAGAUCCAGACCGUGCUCCAGGUCAGUUCAAGUUUAAAAUGUCAACUUUUGAGUCCAUCACAGUCCCGAAUCCCUGCACCACACACAAAUAAAAAAUAUCUACAAAGAUCCAUCUGCCGUUCUGUGUAUCCAUAAAGAUUCACGGAUGAU